AUGACGGGUUCUAAGUCCUUUGUAGGAGCAUUUGCUCCACGUUCUUCGGGAAAGCCUUAUUCUUCAACAGCGGACAUGGUCAUGGAGCUGAACUUGCUCAUGGAAACCAUGAAAGAUAUGACCUCCCAAAUCCAACAAUAUCAGGGUGGUAUGAGCAAUCUGCUUUAUUUGACUCGGGGCACCUACAAGGUCUAUGAUAGCGCCAUGAUCGCACAGAAAAGAAUCGCAUCCACGGAGGUUACAGAGGGCCGGGACGAGGAAGAUCAAGUUUUGACUGCUACUUACGAGAUGAUCAACGUCCUGACUCAGGCUAUUGUGGCCACUGCAAGCAAGGUCCCAUAUGUGAAGAAGAUCCCUAGCGGAUCUUCAAUUGUCCAGGCGGUUCUGCGCAAGAUCUAUGAGGCGAAGGAAGGGUUGCGGGCGGCACUUCUCAGGCACUGUGUGAAUGGAUUUACACCGGAAAUUCUGGAAAUGUUCUGCGAAUUCGAGCAGAGGUACACAGAUCUGAUGUCAAACCUGAGAGCAUAG